GAUGCAUAAUCAUAAGAUUGCAACUAAUAAUGAUGAAUCUAAUUGUGAAGAAAGACAACUUGUAGAUCAGUCUAAGAAUAAUGAAUAACAAUAAGAAAUUUCAAGAAUUAGUGAUUCUAUAUUGAACGCUACAAAUUUGAAUGAGUAUGAUUAUUACAAUUAUCCACCAAAUUUGGAACAAGCUGAAAUACAUCGAUAAGCAUAUUAUCUUUGUCCAGAUUAAUAUGUACUCAAUAAUUAUCCAAAAGAGUAUUGCGAAUGCUGCAAGUACAAUAUAUAUAGUUUAUUAAUCAUUAGUAAAAAAUUCCAUCGAUAACCUUUUAAUUGGGUAUUUGGAGAUUUAUAUGAAGCAACUGUUGACGAAUAUGGCUUAGCAGCACCUCUUUAUUUUACUAUUAUCAAAUUCUAACUUAUAAUUUUCAUAAUAGUGUUUUGUAUCUAUGGAGUAUUUUUCAUUAGUGAAAUUCAUCGAAUAUGCAAUUCCAACCCUUAAUUAAAUUGUCAUAUAGAGAAUAAUGAUUUGUGUAGAACUUGUGAAUUUUAGUACUCAUAUGGGUUUAUUGAUAUUGUGACAAUUCAGGAAUAUUUGCAUUAAGAGAAAGGUUCAAAUUACUAAUGGUUUUAAGUAUCAGCAUUUUUAAUAUUUCUAAUAAAUCUUCAUUUGCCAUUUUUUUAUGAUCUACUUAUCACUUAUAUGUAAGUAUUCAUAUUAUACAUAAGAUCAUUUAAGUAUUGGAAUAGGGAUCCUUAUAAUAAAUAAAAUGAGACUAUCACUUCAAUAUAUAUCAGAGGAAUGAGUUCUAAACUUACAGAAAAAGAGAUUUUAAAUCUUAUAAAAGAAAGCAUGUAAAGAAACAACAACUAGAUAAUAUCUUCUUAAAAUAAGUAAUAAUUUAAUUGAUUUUUAUGAUAGAUUAUUGGAUAAUGCUUAAAUAGAAGAGAUUGUUUAUAUUUAUAAUACUCAAGAAAUAAAAUCAUUAUAAUAAAAAAGAUAAAAUUGUCUAUUAGAUUUGGUUAUUACAGCAUAAUAAAUUAAAGAACUAGAGCUCAGCAAAGAAAUUAUUACUUAUAAAGAUACUGAAGUUAAGGUUUAUAAGGCUUAUACAAAAGAAUUUUUAUCUUAGAGAAUAAGUGAUUUGAUGAAAUAGCUCUCAGAUGUGAAUGAUAACAUUAAUAAAUAAAUAAUAGGGUUGUAAAUUAAUAAUAUACCUAUGAAUAAUUAAGAUAUUAACAAAAUGAAACUAGAACCUUUAGAAUUUAGUCAAAAGGCUAUUAUUAGAUUUAAUGAUCCAAAUAUAAGUUAAUUAAUUUUAUAGAAUUUCUAAAUUUCUUGGUUUAAUAAAUUAAGAAUAAAAUUAAAUUUGAUUCCAAAUCCUAAAUUGAUUGAUAAAUUAAUAGUAAAAAAAUCAUUUCGAAUUAAUGGCUUGUAUUGGGAAAAUAUAGGUUUCAGAUCUUAAGAAAGAAUAGCUGCAAAAGUAAAAAGUGCAAUAACUAUGUUAAUUGCUUGUGCUGCCUUAAUGACUGCAUAUGAAUUCAUAUAUUUAUAUAAGAAUGAUCCAGAAUAUAAGGUAGAAAAGAAUAAUGGUAGAUUAUCUGUUGCUUAAAGAGUAUUAACAAAUAUUUUCACUGUGGCAGUUCCAAUAAUUACUACAGUUGCCAUUUUAGUAGUAAUAAUAAAUUAAAAAGAAUCAAAAAAGAAUACAUUUGCACAUUUAGAAAGAAGUUUCAUGCAUGUUCUUAUAGUUGUUAAUUAUUUCCUUGUAACUUUUCUACCUUAUAUAUUUACAUUUGAACUAUGGAGUGGUAAGACUAUGUCAGCAGCUGUUUAUGAUUUAGUGACAUUAACUUAAAAUAAGAUUAUCACAAAGCAUGUAUUUCACACUGUACAUAUUCGAUAUAUGGGAUUUGUUUUCUUAAGAAGAAGAAUCCAAAAAAACUGCAAAGAGUAUUUUUAAGGUUAAUUAAAUAAUUUGAUGACACCUCCAACCUUCCCUUAAAGAAGCAGGGUUUGUAAUGCAAUGUAUAGUUUAACUGUUGGUUUAUGUUUGGUUUAUGUAUGUCCAGUAAUAACUAUUAUCAGUUUUAUAUUUAAUUGUUAUAUUUACCUAUUUGAUCGAUAUAGCAUUACUCAUCUAUAUUCAAUAGAUAAAAAGUUCACUAUAUCACUUAUGCGACACUAAUUAAAAAUAUAUUCUCUAUCCUUUUUUCCAAUCAAAAUCUAUCUGUUUAUUAAGUUAUUCUGGAGAUAUGGAUGGUUAAUUUAUGCUGGCGUACCUACUUGUUGUGCAUUUACUAUUAUCUCAAUUCUAUUUCGUGAAAAGAUAGUUUACUUUUUAUUAACAAAGGUGUUUAGAGUUUCAAGAAGAGAAGAUUCAAAACAUACACCAGAAACUUAUACAUCUAACUAUUAUUAAUAUAUGAAAAGUAAUUUUAUUUAAAUAUACUUUAAUUAGAAUUAAAUAUUGAUGAAUAAAAUGAAAUUACUAGAAAGAUAUUAAAUUCUUAAGGAUGUGAGAUAGUUUGA